AUGUCGUACCACGAAGAAGAAGAGGCCACUGCAACUCAGUAUGAUCCGUACGCCUUCUCAAAUGACUAUGAUCUGCACACCGGUGACCCUAAAGCAGACCUUGCCUACGAGAGGCAGUACGAGCAGCAGACUUACCACGUCAUCCCAGAGGUUAUCAAGAACUUCCUGCAGUAUUUCCACAAAACUAUCUCUGACUUGAUUGACCAGAAAGUCUAUGAGCUGCAGUCAAACCGUGUGUCCAGUGAGAGCAUUGAGCAGAAGAUCUACGAGAUCCAGGACGUUUAUGAGAACAGCUGGAACAAGUUGACCGAGCGUUUCUUUAAGACGUCCCCCUGGCCAGAGGCUGAGGGCAUCGCAUCACUUGUUGGCAACGAUGCUGUGUUCCUCAUCCUUUAUAAGGAACUGUAUUACAGACACAUCUAUGCCAAAGUCAGCGGUGGCCCAACUUUGGACCAGAGGUUUGAGUCAUACUACAAUUACUGCAACCUCUUCAACUACAUUCUGAAUGCUGAUGGACCUGCCCCUUUGGAGCUGCCAAACCAGUGGCUCUGGGACAUCAUUGAUGAGUUUAUUUACCAGUUCCAGUCUUUCAGUCAGUACCGCUGUAAGACGGCCAAAAAGUCGGAUGAGGAAAUCGAGUUCCUGAGGAACAACCCGAAGAUCUGGAACGUCCACAGUGUCCUCAACGUCCUCCACUCCCUGGUCGACAAGAGUAACAUCAAUGGUCAGCUUGAGGUUUACACCAGUGGAGGAGACCCCGAAAGCGUGGCUGGGGAGUAUGGGCGCCACUCCCUGUACAAGAUGUUGGGCUACUUCAGCUUGGUCGGACUUCUGAGGCUUCACUCACUCCUGGGGGAUUAUUACCAGGCCAUUAAAGUCCUGGAGAAUAUUGAACUCAACAAGAAGAGUAUGUACUCUCGUGUGCCCGAGUGCCAAAUCACCACCUAUUACUAUGUGGGCUUUGCCUACCUAAUGAUGCGACGCUACCAGGAUGCAAUCAGGGUUUUUGCCAACAUCCUCCUGUACAUCCAGAGGACAAGAAACAUGUUCCAGAGGUCCACAUAUAAAUACGAGAUGAUCAACAAACAAAACGAGCAGAUGCAUGGCCUGCUGGCAAUUGCCCUCACCAUGUACCCCAUGCGCAUCGAUGAGAGCAUCCACACCCAGCUGAGGGAGAAGUAUGGAGACAAGAUGCUCCGCAUGCAGAAGGGAGACCUGGCUGUGUUCGAGGAGUUGUACAGCUUUGCCUGCCCCAAGUUCCUGUCCCCUGUGGUACCAAACUACGACAAUGUCCACCCGAACUACCACAAAGAGCCCUUCCAGCAGCAGCUGAAGGUCUUCGCCGAGGAGGUGCAGCAGCAGGCUCAGCUCUCCACCAUUCGGAGCUUCCUGAAACUCUACACCACCAUGCCAGUAGCCAAACUGGCAGGAUUCCUGGACAUGACGGAGCAGGAGUUCCGUAUUCAGCUUCUGGUCUUCAAGCACAAGAUGAAAAACCUGGUGUGGACCAGCGGCAUCUCGGCGCUGGAGGGAGAGUUCCAGUCCGCCUCCGAGGUCGACUUCUACAUCGACAAGGACAUGAUCCACAUUGCCGACACUAAAGUCGCCCGUCGGUACGGAGACUUUUUCAUCAGACAGAUCCACAAGUUUGAAGAGUUAAACAGGACGCUGAAGAAGAUGCCAGUCACUGCAACGACGGGGACAGCAGGGAGCGCCACCAGCCGAUGA